CUUAUUCCAUUUCUCUGCUCAUCCCACUCUUUGCUACAGUUCAGAGAGAGAGAGAGGGGGGGAGAGGGAUCAGGCAAGGCAUGAUUAUAUAGAAAUAAAAGAAGCUUCUUUUAUUUAUUUUUCUCCACUGCAAUCAAAUACUACUACUAAUACACAAACCUCAUUCUUAUUAGUGUGUUCUUGAGUUUUACAUGCUAUCAGUAUCUGGCUUUACUUGUAUCAUUUCAGGAGUCUUUCAAUUUCAAUACCAUUCUUUUUUUUUUACAUUCUUGAACUCUACUGUUUUGAACUUUGAUGUCUACACCCUUGGAAGAGCAUGAUUACAUAGGCUUAUCAGAGGUUCCUUCAAUGGAGAACUCUGAGAAGAGCUGUGUUUCCUCUGUUGAGAGUGAGAGGAAGGCCAAAGGUUUGAACUUGAAGGCCACUGAACUGAGACUGGGGUUGCCUGGUUCUGAGUCCCCAGAGAGAGAGAAUGGGACUCUGGUGGUGGAGGAGAAGAGUGGGGUUUUGGGGGCCAAGAGGGGGUUCUCUGACACCAUUAAUGGUGGUUCUGAGAAGUGGGUUUUCUCUGCAACUGGUGGAUCUGAGGCUGACUUGCCUAAAGGUGGAGCCUUGUUUUCCCCUAGGGGUGUCAAUGGAGGUGCCAAGAUCCUUGCUCCUGAAACUAACACUCUCCAGUCUUCCAUGGCUUCCACUCUUAUCAAAGAGGAGGAGAAAAAGCCUCAGGUUUCUGCUGCAAAGGCACAGGUGGUAGGAUGGCCCCCGAUUCGAUCUUUUCGUAAGAAUUCGAUGGUUACUAAUCCUCCCAAGACCGAAGAAGGUCCCGAUGGGAAGUCGGGGUCGGGUUGUCUCUAUGUCAAAGUCAGCAUGGAUGGCGCCCCGUACCUGAGAAAAGUUGACCUUAAGAUUUACGACUGCUAUAAGGAUCUCACUUUGGCUCUCGAGAAGAUGUUUAGCUGUUUUACCAUCGGUCAAUCGGGAUCUCCGGGUGUUCCUAUCCGAGAUGGAUUGAGUGAAGGUAGAUUGAUGGAUCUGCAUGGUUCCGAAUAUGUACUUACCUUUGAAGACAAAGACGGUGACUGGAUGCUUGUCGGUGAUCUUCCAUGGGAAAUGUUUGUAGACUCUUGCAAGCGUCUAAGGAUCAUGAAGAGUUCAGAUGCUGUCGGUCUAGCUCCCAGAGCGGCCCUGGAGAAGUGCAAAAACGGUUAAAAGAAAUGCAAGUGGAACAACAACAUUCGGGAACGAAGCCUUGAUUUGCAUUUGAAGUUGGUGUUCUAUAAGUUUGUGUAGCUACAAAUAUUCCAUGUCAACCUAGUAAACUGAAAAAAAAAGGGACAACUCUCCAGUAAUUAAAAACCUCGUAUUCGUAUUCAGAAUAACUCUGAUCUUAAGCUUUCAUAGGUAUGCUUUUCCUUAAAUUCCCAGAAUGUAUUCUUACUUAUUUGCUUCAUCAAGGCUUUUGUUGUCGUUGUCGUCUUCUAUGUAAAUGGCUAAUGGUAUUGUCUUGUUUAUCUC